UCACGCGCACGAUUGCGGUAGGGCGUGCAGCGCACAGUAGCUACGAUAACGACGGCGACAGCAACAGCGGCCGCGCUCCACCGGUAGCGGCUGCGACGACGACUACGGAUUUGUUUUGCCUAGUUUUAUUCUCAACCGUCCUUCGACGGUUAAUACCAUCGUAACGAUCAACGAGCGCGGACUCGCCGCAACACGCUUAUCUAAAAUAAUCAUAAUUAUUAACAUAUUAUUAUUCUAACACACACGUCGAUUGUCCGUCCCCCCGCGAUGACCAGCGUUUCGGAAAUACUGUCGUACGACAAGUCGUCGGCCCAAGACGACUACUACCAAAUGUUGGGAUGCGACCAGACGUCUACGGCGGAACAAAUAAGCGCAGAAUUCAAAGUAAGAGCCCUUAAGUAUCAUCCGGAUAAAAACUCCGGCGACAAGAAGGCAGAAGAAACGUUCCAGAAACUUAAUGAGGCUAAAGAAACGCUGUGCGAUCCGGAAAAACGGGCAACCUACGACAAAUGGAAGAACAGUGGCGUGGCUGUUAGCUAUAAAACGUGGCUGAGCAACAAAGAACAUUUCCAACAAUCUAUGCACUGGGCACAAAUGAACACUAAAGAUAGAAUGCUACCGGAAGGUGAUGAAGGGGCUUCGUCUUCAAAGGCGUCCAGGAGAGCAUCUGAAGGUGGAGUGAACUUGGGAGCCAACAAAGUAAAAUGGGACGCAAAAUCUAAUGCAGACAUUAUCAACAAGUUUCGCAAUUACGAAAUAUAAGUCCCAUAGUAAUAAUUUCGUCUAUAAAAAAACAAAAAAAACAUUCCUUCAUCGAAUAAAUUAUAGGUACUUUCAACAUGAUAUAAUAUAAAUUCUUAUAAUUUGUAUUUGUACACUAUAUACAUACCUAUUAUACUAAACUUUAUAAAACUCAUCUUUACCCUCAGGCCUGAGAAGCUAAACACGGUAAAUAACAUAAGAAUAACUGCACCUUUAAAAUAAAAAUAUUACUAUUAUUAUUCGAUUACGCUUACUUCUGAAAGGGUAUAAAAUGAAACUUUUUGGGGUAAAUUAGAGGGAAUUUUCUUCUCAGACCUUUGAAUUAAUCUAAUCUUCAAGAAUUUCUCUUCUAGUUAUUUCUAAACAUAACACUAUUCAACUAUUGUCUAGUCAUUAAACAGUAAAUGAUACUUAACGUUCACAAUUAAUUGAAUGCGAUGUUGAGUCGAGUAGAUUAUGUUACUGAAACCAAAUAAUUAAUAAUUAAUGUAGUUUGAUAUCAGUCUCGYCAAACAAAGAUUAAUUGUAACAUUGUUCAAUUCUAUAUGUUUCAAAGAUGUAAUAUUAAUAAUAGGUAUAAUAAUAUGAUGAUAUGUGUUAUUCUGUUAUUAUAAAAUUAGUGCAUUUCUAAAACAAUUAGCUAAGACACAGCAUAGUAUUGAUAGUAUAUCGUGUUAUAGUUUAUUGUA